GCGGAGGGCGGCUCGCUGCUGCACGCCGCCUCCGAGCGGGGCCGCGGCGACGUCCUGCUCGCCGCGCUGCCAGUCCUCCCGCAGUUGGGUGUCGAGAUUGACGGCUGCGACGCGCUCGGGCGGACGGCGCUCCACAUCGCCGUCAGCGCGGCGGACGCGUCAACCAUUGGCCCGCUGCUCAGCGCGGGCGCGUCUCCAGACAUGUCGCUCGGGGGCGGCACCGCGCUGCAGGCGCUGCCUGGGCACUGUUGCACUGCG